CAAACAUUCAAACAUUCAAACAUUUAACAGUUAAAACUAUCACGAUGACUUUCAACCUCAGGACACCGAAUCGAAAGAUCCACGCCGGAGUCAUUCUCGUCAAAGGGGUUACCGAGAUGAUUGACGUGGCGCCCUUUGAGUUUCUGGCAUGGAUGGAUGAGGGCUCAUUGAAGUUAUUGAACUUUCCCUCUGAAAUGCUCGAGGACGUAAUCGACAUCGAAACGCAUUGGAUCACCGAGGAUGGAGCCCCAGCCAAAAUGAAGAGCGGAGCUCAGAUCAUGCCCACAGAUUCUUUCGAAUCGUGCCCCCCGCUUGACAUCGUGCUCAUGGGUGCUCACAACACCCAAUACCAACUGAGCGACGGCGAAAAGGCCUUUGUCCGAAAGUCGUACGACUCGUGCGCCGCAUUCCUGACCAUCUGCGGAGGCUUCGUCGCCAUGCUAGAAGCCGGCCUCCUCGAGGGAAAGACGGUGUGCGCGCCGCGUAUAGUCUUCGACGUGAUGAAGAAGACGGUCCCCAACGUCAACUGGGUCGACAAGCGCUGGGCGCACGACGGAAAGGUCUGGAGCUCCAGCUCGCUGCUCAACGGCACGGAUCUGAUGCGGGCGUUCGCGACGGAGACGUGGGGAGGCCGCAGCGGCAUGGUUGAGGCCGCGCUCGACAUAGGCCAUUAUCCGGUCCGAGACGUUGAUUUUAAGGAUUUCCACGGCCGUGAAUUCCAGGUGGAGAUCGUUUAA